AUGGCAGAACUUCUCCUGGGGGAGUCGAAGUUGGAGCAGUACCUGAAGGAGCACCCCCUGAGGCAGGGUGCCAGUCCCCGAGGCCCAAGACCCCAGCUGACCGAGGUCCGCAAGCAUCUGACUGCUGCCUUGGACCGAGGGAACCUCAAGUCAGAAUUCCUACAAGAAUCCAAUCUGAUCAUGGCCAAGUUGAAUUACGUGGAAGGAGAUUAUAAAGAAGCUCUGAACAUUUAUGCCCGGGUGGGCCUCGAUGACCUGCCCCUGAUGGCCAUCUCUCCGUACAGGUUGCGCAUGAUUGCGGAAGCCUAUGCUACCAAAGGACUUUGUUUAGAAAAGCUGCCUAUUUCGUCUUCUACCAGUAAUCUUCAUGUGGACCGGGAACAGGAUGUCAUCACCUGUUAUGAGAAAGCAGGGGACAUCGCACUCUUGUACCUCCAAGAGAUAGAAAGGGUAAUCCUUACUAAUAUUCAAAACAGAAGCCCUAAGCCUGGCCCUGCUCCCCACGAUCAAGAACUAGGUUUUUUCCUAGAAACAGGACUUCAGAGAGCCCAUGUCCUCUAUUUCAAAAAUGGGAACUUGACAAGAGGAGUUGGAAGAUUCAGAGAGAUUCUCAGAGCAGUGGAAACAAGAACAACACAAAACUUGCGAAUGACAAUCGCCAGGCAGUUGGCAGAGAUCUUGUUGCGGGGAAUGUGUGAGCAGAGCUACUGGAACCCCCUGGAGGAUCCUCCAUGCCAGUCCCCUCUGGAUGAUCCUCUCCGGAAAGGAGCAAACACCAAAACCUACACCCUCACUCGCAGAGCCCGUGUCUACUCAGGAGAGAACAUUUUUUGCCCUCAAGAAAAUACUGAAGAGGCCCUGUUGUUACUGCUGAUUAGUGAAUCAAUGGCCAACCGGGACGCUGUGCUGAGCAGGAUACCUGAGCACAAAACUGACCGCCUCAUCAGUCUGCAGAGUGCGUCUGUGGUCUACGAUUUGCUGACCAUUGCUCUUGGAAGGAGAGGCCAGUAUGAGAUGCUGUCGGAGUGCUUAGAAAGAGCCAUGAAGUUCGCCUUUGAGGAGUUCCACCUGUGGUACCAGUUCGCUCUCUCGCUGAUGGCUGCUGGAAAAUCUGCUCGAGCCGUGAAGGUGCUGAAAGAGUGCAUCCGCCUCAAGCCUGACGACGCCACCAUCCCGCUCCUCGCUGCCAAGCUGUGCAUGGGCUCCCUGCACUGGUUGGAAGAGGCUGAGAAGUUUGCCAAAACUGUUGUUGAUGUGGGAGAAAAAACAUCAGAGUUCAAGGCCAAAGGCUACUUAGCUCUCGGGCUCACAUACAGUCUGCAGGCCACUGACGCUUCUUUGCGAGGGAUGCAGGAAGUCCUGCAGAGGAAGGCUCUUCUUGCAUUUCAGAGGGCCCACAGCCUGUCACCUACAGAUCACCAAGCAGCUUUCUACCUGGCUCUGCAGUUUGCAAUCUCCAGACAGAUACCAGAGGCCCUAGGCUAUGUCCGCCAAGCUCUUCAGCUUCAAGGUGACGAUGCCCAUUCCCUGCACCUCCUUGCCCUCUUACUGUCUGCACAAAAGCACUACCACGACGCUCUCAACAUCAUUGAUAUGGCCCUGAGCGAAUAUCCAGAAAACUUUAUACUACUAUUUUCCAAAGUGAAGUUGGAGUCACUGUGCCGGGGCCCAGACGAGGCACUGCUCACCUGUAAGCACAUGUUACAAAUAUGGAAAUCCUGCUACAACCUAACCAAUCCCAGUGACUCUGGACGGGGGAGCAGCCUCUUAGAUAGAACCAUCGCUGACAGACGCCAGCUUAACACAAUCACUUUGCCGGACUUCAGUGAUCCUGAGACAGGCAACUCUCCAGAAGCAUACUUUCAUGGUUUUCCUUCCCUUUUUUCAGUUAGCUCUGUCCAUGCCACAUCAGUGGCAGCCUCAAGAGUGGAGCAAGCACUGUCAGAAGUGGCCUCAUCUCUGCAGAGCAGUGCCCCCAAGCAGGGCCCACUACACCCCUGGAUGACGCUGGCACAGAUCUGGCUACAUGCAGCUGAGGUCUACAUUGGCAUUGGGAAGCCUGCUGAAGCCACAGCCUGCACUCAAGAAGCUGCCAACCUCUUCCCAAUGUCCCACAAUGUCCUGUACAUGCGGGGCCAGGUGGCUGAGCUCCGAGGAAACAUGGACGAAGCCCGGCGGUGGUAUGAGGAGGCCCUGUCCAUCAGCCCCACCCAUGUGAAGAGCAUGCAGCGCCUGGCCCUGAUCCUUCACCAGCUGGGCCGCUACAGCCUGGCAGAGAAGAUCCUCCGGGACGCCGUGCAGGUGAACUCCACAGCUCACGAGGUGUGGAACGGGCUGGGCGAGGUCCUCCAAGCCCAGGGCAACGACGCGGCAGCCACCGAGUGCUUCCUGACAGCCUUGGAGCUGGAGGCCAGUAGCCCUGCCGUGCCCUUCACCAUCAUCCCCCGCGUGCUCUGAGCAAGCACCUGCCCCCCUCACCACGCAGGCCAAGGACGCCUGGCCUGGGUCACUAGGGAUCGCCCUGCGGCCCCAGGGGGCCAUUCUCCCACCCCGGGGCCCUGGAUGAAUGCUACCUGACCACAGUGAAGAGCCCAGCCGACCCAAAAUCACCACUGUCCCUCGUACAUCUCCCUUUCUUUUGCCAGCCCAGUGAUAGUUUCUGAAUCUACCGGCCUCAUUCCAAAUGGAUUAUGUGCCAUACUUGGUCAGUUGGCAUCCAAGUUUGAAGUAAAAUGAUUAUGGAAUUAUUCAGUCAAUGUAGAAGCAUAUAUUCAAAGUUAAAAUUCAGAGGCAGAACAGAUUAUUUUUAUCAGAGCUGUAAAGAAAGCAACUGUCCUGUCCUGCGUCCCCACCACCACUCCUACCCCACCGUGGCCUGGAAACCAAAUGUGAAUCUUCUGUUUCCCACCUCAGUACUGGUCCACACCAGGACACCAGCUGACAAUUUCUUGGUUUUACUGUCCAUAAUUGUACCAUGUGAUGAAUUACUCUUCUCCUCACUUAGAACAAAGCCGAAGUCCAAGAAUAUUUAUAUUUUACCAAUAUAUGCCUGUUACCAGAGAAGGAAAUAUGAGUUAUUUAAGUUUAACUUUUUUAUGUGAAUUCAGAGUUUAUUUAUCGAUGGAAAUAUGUACAAAGAAGCUUCAAAUGGAAUAUUUACCGACAUUCCUUAUACAUUGCAGACACUUGGCUAUAAAUGGGAAGAUGAUAUUAAUU